AUGUCUUCGAAAUUCGUAAUAUUAUUAUUCAUAUCGGUCGCGUCGUCCGAAAUAACAGCACCUGGAAUAGAUAGAAGUUAUAGCGAUGGUGUGAAAAGCGUAGGUUACAGUGUGGUAUACGGGGACGAGGACAUGACCAUCAUCAAUCAGGCAGUCAGCGAUGCUGAGAAAUCUAGUAUGCUGAAGAGCCGAGUGAAUUUAAAUGAAGCUAUAGCUCCCCUGCCUUCGCAGGACGUAAAAUGUUUAAUGUCUGUGGACCGUUACUGUUCAAAGGAAAUGUUGCAAACAAAAGGUCUGUUGAUUCAAGCCUUAAAAAACAAUUGCGAAAAAUGUACUCAAAAAGAGAAAGAGGUCGCGGGAAGAACAAUUGCUUCUAUGAUGGCACACGACUCCGUCGCUUGGAAAAUGUUCCUCACUAGGUCAGCAUUAUUAAGUAUUCCACGUAAGAAACGUGUCAAGAUUGAAGACGUUAAACUUAAAACAAAGGGGCGCCCAGAAGAAAUAACAUCUAAAAGCAAAUUCACUUUACCUGGGUUUAAUGUAAGAGUCAAACGACACGCGGCGGUGAAAAUAUAAAAAAAAUUUUACUAAUAUUUAUUUUCGGCUUUUGGUCAAUGUACUAUGGUAGUUUUCCAAUUACAGAACAUAAUGCGAAUCA